AUGGCCGACGAGAAUGCUGACAGCGCGCUGGCUGCCUUGCGAGACGUCUUGGGCCACACAUUGGACGAUGCUGAGCUGAACAAGCUCCUAAACAGAGCUGGUAACAACGUUGGUGUCGCACUGAACCUGCAUUACGAUCAGGCCACAGCGGCGACAGGGGCCAACCUGGCUCAGAAGAGACCAGCACCGUCGUUGCCCGGCUUCUUCGAGACCAGAAAGAAGUACCCGAAGACUGACAACUCGAAGGAUGCGAACUCCGAACAGAAGCCUGCGAGCACCAUCGGUUCGUUGCCGGAACAGCCAGCCACGGCUGCAUGUGCGAGUUCUGCGACCACCCCUCUGGCAGAGCGCAUGCGCCCGAAGGGAAUCCUGGAGCUGCUGGGCCAAGAGGAUGCUUUGGGAUCUGUCUUGCGCCAGGCGGUACAUGAAGAUCACUUGCCUUCCCUGAUCCUCUGGGGCCCACCUGGCUGUGGCAAAACCUCCUUUGCGCACUGCGUGGCAGCAGGAACCAAACGAGCAUUUCGGUCUCUGUCUGCUGCCAAGGCUGGUGUCGCAGAGUUGCGUGAGGAAUUGAACAGAGCUGCUGGCACCUUGAAGUUGCGCAAGCUGGGAACCAUCCUCUUUGUGGACGAGUUCCAUCGCUGGUCAAAAGCACAGCAGGAUGCUCUGCUCUUGGAUUGCGAGAAAGGAACAAUUACACUGAUUGCUGCCACCACUGAGAAUCCGUCCUUCUCGAUUAACAAUGCAAUUCUAUCGCGCUGUCGCUUAGUCGUGUUCGGGAAGCUGUCACCGGAAGCCGUGGGACAUGUCAUUGAUCGGGCGAUCCGUGAAGAUGUUGUGCUGGGGGGCACCACGCUCACGGGUGAUGCACGUCAACUUCUAGCCACGGCAGCGGACGGUGAUGCCCGCGUGGCGCUGAACUCGUUGGAGCUUGCGGCUCACCUGACAAAGUCAGGCUUGCCGAUCGAUUCCGAGGCUGUUCAAGCAGCCAUCCAAAAGCGUGCUCUUUAUGAUCGCAACGGGGAUUUUCAUUACGAUCUGAUAAGUGCUUUGCACAAGAGCAUGAGAGGUGGGUGUCCAGAUGCUUCGCUGUAUUAUGCCACACGGAUGCUAACUGCAGGCGAGGAACCGCGCUACAUCACACGCCGGCUCAUUCGCUUUGCAUCUGAAGACGUGGGUAUGGCAGAUCCCUUGGCUCUGAGUCAAGCGGUCGCAGCCGAUCAAGCAGUUCAUGCUAUUGGAAUGCCUGAAGCUGGAGUUGUGAUUGCUCAGUGCGUGAUAUACCUGGCACUUGCACCAAAAAGCUGCGCGGUCUACAACGCCUAUGAAACCGUCAAAAAGUUGUGUGAGAGGGAGCCUCAUGCGCCGGUCCCGCUGCACAUUCGCAAUGCACCAACGAAGAUGAUGAAGACGCUGGGCUACGGUGACGGCUAUGUGUACAAUCCAGCAGCAGGUUACACAAGAGGCUGCAACCAAGGAUAUCUCCCAGAAGCGAUCGGAGACAAACAGUUCUUCAACAAGAGCGAUUGCGAGCCCGGGUUCCAUCUUCGCUUCUGCGAGUCUGAGGUUAUGUUGGUCCUCAUAGGAACAGACGAGGCAGACGUCCUUUUUCCUGCUGUGAUGAUUAGUGAAGGAGUAAGGCUUAGCCCGUUGACGGUCCAUGGCAUGGAGCUGAAUUUGCUUGGAGCAGUUGCUGGCGUGUGUAUCGGCCAAAUGGCCGUCGAACUGCGUCAGGUGCUGCAUAGCAUCGCGUCAGCUGCAGUGGCACUGCUGCCAGCUUCUUGUCAUGCUUCGACAAUGAUGGACCGCACUGCUCCGCUUGCCGCUAUGUGCUUUCACAUGUCCUCUUGUGCAGUCAUGUCUCCUUUUGUGGUGGCCGGCCUCGAAGGGCUGCUGCGAGAGGCCCAGUUGCACAGGCACAUGCUGUUGCCAACAGUUGCAUCAUCAUGUCGGCAAAGGUGUCGGUGGCUUCUGAAGCGGUUAGCUGCAGGCAGACUACAUGACACCGUCCGAAAGGAGCAGGAUGUUGAGUUCGCCUGGCUUGCAGAGGACUUCGCUUCUAGGACGGGAAAGACGUCGAUGAUCAUGUUCCACAUGACCUGCAAGGGGCCCAAUGUUUUCUUCGAGCUGCUACAGCCCGAGCCGGAGCCAGGUCUGUUCAAGAACUUGUCUGACUGGAAAGCCAUUAUGGCUCUGAUGUGCCUCACCCAGAAAGAGGAGGCUUCCAUGUUGCAUGGCCUCCAGAUGGUCCGCGACAUGGAGGCUCUUGGCAGCUUCACGGCUCGGGCCGUCGAUGCAUUGGCACAGGAAGGUUACUGUGUGAUCCAGCUUCCUUUGAGUGAAGAAGCGGCCGAAGAAGCGCAAGUUGAGGUCACUUGUGGAAGGUACAGAUGGAAGCGACUCCGGAGGGAGUUCGAGCCGUCCUACUUAGGUAGACAUCAGAAGUGCAAGACGGCCUGGCUGGAAGAGAUGGUGGAAGAGAAGCAAGAGAUGGACAGUCCAAUCGACCUGCUGGACCUCUACCUUGCUCGCUUUACACAGUUUCUCUUGCCCGUUGCCCCCUUCGCGCUGGAUUUCAUGCCUCACAGCCGGACAAGCGGAAUGCUGCGUGUGCCGGCCUCUUCAGAGGGUGCGGGUGUGGCCGAGAACAUCAGCGACGAAGACAUUCUAAAGGGCCUGGUCGAUGAACAUGUCGACUUCCUGAAGCGCCGAAAGCUGUGCAUGUUCCUGAUGGCACACGGCAGUGGAGGCGAGCUGUCGCUUUAUCCAAAGGAUGGCGCUCAGAUAGUUCUGCCAGCACAAGCAGGCCGCCUAGUUGUGUUUCGCCAUGACCGUAUCAGCUACGCCUAUCGACCAGACUCUGAGGAGGACCUAGUCUUGCAAGCUUGGGUCUUGACCGCCCCGGCGCAGUUCCAGUUUGGACAGGUCGCUGGGGAUCAGAAGUCCAAAGACGAGCUUUAUGGCCUCGUUUCCGGACCCAACACUCCGGAAGGUCGGCGAAUAUGUGUUUAUGGGGUUGGAAUUUCCCUCCCUGGUGCCGCCUUCGAAAAGUUGGAUGCCUACUGGUGCGCAGUGGCAGGGGGCACGGAUGGAUACGUCUAUGCUCCCGUGGACAGGUUCGACAUUGAGCCUUACACGAGAACCGGCGAGGAGUGGCAGAUGGGCUACACAUACACUGUGCAUGGAGGCUUCUGCAAGGACAUCUUCUCCUUCGACAACGACUUCUUUAACGUCCCCGAGGAGGAAGCCUGGUUGCUCGCUCCAGCAGCACGACAGCUGCUCGAAAGGAGCUACGAAGCUUUGUUCAACACCGGCAUGCGGAAGAAGGAUAUCAGAGGGAAGCGGGUCGGUGUCUACAUCGGACACAGUGGCGAUGACUUUUCCAUAGAUCCUAGGUUCACCAUGGGCUCCACGGAUGGUCAUCGCUUCGGCUAUCAGGCAAGAAAAUGGUCCUGCAUAGCUGGCCGCAUCAGUUACACCUUGGGCCUCCAGGGACCACAGGCUUUGCUGGACACAGCCUGCUCAUCAGCACUAGUGGCCUAUGGAGUUGGGCAUACUGCUUUGAGGCAGGUGACUGCAGAGCAGGCUCGUGCUGGGCAAGAUUCCGGCAUCACGGAAGCAUUAAUGGGCGGUGCAAACCUGAUUCCAGGCCCAGGGAACUACAUCAACUUGUGUGGUCCUCACAUGCUGUCCAUAAGCGGACGCUGCUUCACCUUCGACAUGUCUGCAGAUGGCUUUGAACGUGGUGAGGGUUCCUCGUGUUUCUUUGCCCGCAGUGAAGAGGCAGUCACCCGUGAGGCCAUCGCAACCGUGAUUGGCGCAUGCCUGAACCAAGACGGGAGAAGUGCGAGUAUGACAGCACCAAACGGACCGUCACAGCAAGAAUGUGUGCGGGGAUCGAUGCGGGAGGCUGGGCUGACGGCCAAUCAGAUCACCUGCUCCGAGCUUCAUGGGACGGGUACGGCUUUGGGGGAUCCCAUUGAAGUCGGAGCUCUGCGUGGAGUCAUGCAGGACAGGAAGGCUCCCAUCAUGCAGACAAGUGCCAAGAGCCACAUAGGCCAUCUUGAAGCCAAUGCGGGACAAGCUGGCAUUAUCAAGUGCAUGUUGAUGUGCAAUUCCUGUGCCGGAUCUCCGAACUGUCACUUGUACAUCCUGAAUCCACAUUUGGAUGUUAACGGCUACCCAACCGUUUUCAACACUGAGCUCGCAGAGUACGGCAACCAGUCUGGAUACUCAGGGGUUUCAUCGUUUGGCUUCGGUGGGGCGAAUGCGCGUGCUGAUGUCUAUGCCGUGGCAAGCAGGGGUCCCAGAAAGCCAGGAAAGGUUAGUCUAGACAAAGUUGACUACGUGGUGGUGAGCUGUCCCUUCGACGAAGGCCCCAUGCACUAUGUCGAUGGGAAGGAAGUUCCAACGUCAGGUUCCAGGAUUUCGAGGAACAGAGGCAGAUAUCGCUGUGACAACAUUCGCGAUGAGUUUGACCAAUAUGAUUACAACAGCAGCCUGUACGAUGGCAAGUUCCAGAUGAGCCCUCCGGAAGAGAUGGCAGGGGAUAGGCCAGACAGUGGGAUCGGCAUUGUUGGGUCGUGGGAUAGCUUCAAGCAAAGAACGGAGAUGACACCCAGCACAGAUGGUGACAGCUGGAGUUGUAUGGUGGUCCUAGGAGAGACUCGUGUUGAGAGGUUUCAGUUGUGCCUUAUGCAGAAUCCUGAGAUGACCAUAUAUCCCUAUGUCAAGAAUGGCUCCAUGACCACGCGGGUCGUGGGACCCCACGGUGAAGGGAAGGGCAAAUUCUGGAUCAUUGACGGGCGGGAUGAUGAGGUCCCUGCGGGAACUCCCUUCCGCAUCACCCUGGAGUGGGGUCUCAGACUUCGUGUGAGCUGGCAGCGUGCAGAUGCUAUGCUGACUGGAGGUUCGGUUCCUCAGCUCAUCGGAUCCAAAGCUCGGCACAGAUACUUCGUGGUUGGUUCUUGGACGUCCUGGAACUUCUUGGAGAUGCAAAGCUCGGGUGUAAAAGAGGGUGCUUUCGAAGUCACAGUUCGCAUUGGUAUGUCACGCUCUGAGUCCUUCUAUUUCGUCCGAGAUCAAGACGAGGAGCAGGUCAUCUAUCCCGCCAAGCCCGCUCUUGAUGCGGGGGCGACUGGGAUUCCGGUCAGAGGGCCCGAUGCAUUCGGCAAUGGAAAGUGCUGGAGAAUCACCGGCAAGCAUGGAGAGUCUGUACGGCUCCGCAUUGAGAUCGUGGAUGCUCUUAUCAAGGUGAGCGUUUCAAGCUUAAUAAGACCGGAUUCUGGAUGGACAGCCAGCGGGGUGACCGGUCCAGCACGCCACAGCUACUGCGUGUUGGGCAGCUUCAACAACUGGAGCCCCGAACAAAUGCUUCCAGGUGAUAGGCAGGGGACAUUCGUGAUGCGAGGAGUGGCUAGAUCUUCCAGGCAACAAGAUCAGCGCUUCACAAUCAUGAUGGAUGAGGAUCCAGAUUUGGUCCUGUAUCCAGAUGCAGCAGGAAGUGUUCCACCUGGGCUCACAAUCGUCAAAGGACCUGGCCGUGUGGAGGAUGACAGAGAUUUUCUGCUGAAUUGCCUCAAAGAUGGUGCGGAGUUUGAGAUCGUCCUUGACUUCAAUUCACUAGACAAGAGGAAGGUUAUUGAUGUCCGAUGGCUCAGCCAGCCAGUAGAUGUAAGCAGCAUUAUGUUGAUUGUCGAUGACAACAUCGGCAUGCGGAGCAAUCAGGACAGCAUGAUCGCUCUGCGUCUCAGGCUUUGUCCUAUCACUGGCCAGUUCUUUGUGAAGCCCACGGUGCUUUAUGGUGGGGUUUUCGAGCAGAGUGCCGCCAUGCGAUGGGUUGCCAACACAGGACGCCAUCCGAUCCUGCGUGGAAUAGACUGUCGCCUUGCAGAUAUUAUUCCCGCGAAGGAUGUGGAGGACUUGUGCCAUCGACUUGCUGCUUCUAAGGGCUGGGUUCUUCAGCAACGGCCGCCAACAGCGGUGUGCAAUGAGCCAUGUUGA